AAACUCGCGAUUCGAUGCUUACACGUGGAAGCAGGGUCGAUUUCCGACUGCCGUGAAAUGCCUCCUCUUUUCUUUUCCUAGAAAAUUCCGCAGGGUCUAGCAAUACUGGCUACUCUCCGGCGUCAAAUUUACCGAAGAAAUCAGUAAUUUCCGUUUCCGCCCCGGUUCUCCGUUCUCCGAUACGUACGUAGAAUAUCGCCUUUUCCCCCCCGCUUGUUCCACUUUUGUUUCUCCCCAAAUUCUCCUCGCCAUCUUCGAGCUGGAACUCUCCGCGCCUCGAGCGUAAUUCUAGAUUGAAUCCACGAGAAAUCUAGGAUUUUUUAGGGUUUUGAUCUUGAUAUCCCGCGGUCAACUCAAAUCCCGUCCCAGUUCUACGUGUGACGGCGCUUAUCGAUCUGAGUUUCUCUUUCGGAUCAAUCGAGGUGGGAGAUGGAGGGGUGGUUUUGAGGAAGGUGGGAUGAGCGCAGGGAACUGCGUGCGUGCGUGCGUGAGAGGGUUGUUGGAUUGAAUUGGAUUGGAUUGAUUGAUAGGAUGGAGGGGUCGCAGGGUGGAUCGGGAUCGAAUUCCCCAGCGCCCUUCCUCACCAAGACGUAUGACAUGGUGGACGAUCCGUCGACGAAUUCCAUUGUGUCGUGGAGCGCCAGCGAUACCAGCUUCAUCGUGUGGAACCCGCUAGAGUUCGCAAGGGAUUUGCUGCCCAAGUACUUCAAGCACAGCAACUUCUCCAGCUUCGUCAGGCAGCUCAAUACUUAUGGUUUUAGAAAAGUAGAUCCUGACCAGUGGGAAUUUGCAAAUGAGGAGUUUGUGAGGGGACAGAGCCAUCUCUUGAAAAAUAUUCAUAGACGCAAGCCAAUACACAGCCAUUCUCUGCACCACCAAGGCAACUCAGGGCCAUUAGCAGAAACAGAAAGACAUGAGCUUGAGGAGGAAAUUGAGAGGAUCAACCGUGAUAAGCUAAUGCUUAUAUCAGAGCUUCAGAAGCACACUCAGCAACAGCAUGGAAUGGAGCAGCAAAUGCAAACUUUAGAGGCAAGAUUACAUGUUAUGGAGCACCACCAAAGAAGUAUGCUGGCCGCCUUGACCCAAAUCAUACAGAGGCCUGGAUUCCACUCUAACUUUGUACAGCAAUCUGGAUUUCUCAGCAAGAAGAGGAGACUUCCAAAAACCAAUUAUUUCUAUGAGGAUGCUAACAUGGAAGAGAAUCGUGCUAUAUCUCAGAGUAAGAGCGGAGAGAAAUCAGACGUAGUUUCUAUGCAUCCGAUGGACAUAGAACCAUUUGAGAAGAUGGAAUCAUCCUUGAAUUCAUUGGAGAAUUUUUUCCGAGGCAUAAGUCAAGCUUCUGGUGAAGAUAUGUAUUAUGACUGUGCUUUACAUUCUCUGCCAUCUGGUGCAGUUAUUACAGAGAUGAAUGCAUCAUCAGAGGACACUGAUGUGAACUUGCGAUCACCAUCGCCUAAAUUACACCCUUCUUCACCUCAUUUGGGAGAUAUUCAUUCAUCUCCAGAGCUAACAGAAUCUACGAGUUAUGCAGAAAGCCCAGCUCUACCCUUAACAGAGAUUCAAAUAGAUAUAAGGAGUAAGGUUUCUGAGAUAGAUGUGAAUUCAGAGCCUGCUGCUCAUGAGGUUGAUUCAUCAAGGGAUAGAGCUGCUACUGUACCAACUGGUGUAAAUGAUGUAUUCUGGGAACAAUUUCUUACAGAGACUCCCGGUUCCUCUGACACCCAGGAGGUCCAAUCAGAAAGACGAGAUACAGAUGACAGAAGAUCUGAAGGAAGGAUGGGAGAGAGAGGAAAUAUUUGGUGGAGCAGGAAAAACAUCGAUCACCUUGCAGAAAAGAUAGGGCAUCUCACUUCAGCUGAGAAAACCUGAUGAUAGUUCUUUUGUUUUAGAUUUGCAAGUUUUGGUGCUAGCUUUUGCAAGUUGGCAUUGUGGUAUGACUGUUUAUGUCCAUGUAAGAUAAAGAUGUUCCAUAUUCGGUUUUUAUCUCUCUUGCUUGCAUCACUAGUACCAAGCUAAUUUGCAUAUUCACUGUUAUGCUA